AUGAAGCUCAGAGGAAAGUUGAGAACUACUUUUUUUGACAUCAGGAAGCAAUUAUUUGAGUAUGACGAGGUGUUGAAUAGCCAGAGAGAUCGUGCAAAUAUAGGCCCUGAUACUCCAAAGGAAAAUUGGGAGCUCAGCAAGCUUAUAGCUAAACUACAGCAGUAUUGCUAUCUUUUGGAUGACUUGACACCAGAAUUGUUGGAGAGCAAAACUUCAAGCUAUGAGGAUUUGCGGGAGUAUCUUCGUAAGCGAGGACGUGAAGCAUACUUCCAAAAAACUGAAAUUGUGGAGAAGCAAGCUCCUGGCUUGAUGAAAGAAGCUGAGCGGUUCCUAAUUUUAAGCAAUAUUGAUAGGCUCUGGAAAGAACACCUCCAGGCACUAAAGUUUGUGCAACAAGCUGUUGGUUUAAGGGGUUAUGCCCAACGAGAUCCCCUUAUUGAGUACAAACUUGAGGGAUACAACCUGUUCUUGGACAUGAUGGCUCAAAUCCGGAGAAAUGUUAUUUAUUCAGUAUAUCAGUUCAAACCAGUGGUGAAGAACCAAGAAGAGGAAAAACCCCAGAAUAAGGGGUCCAAAAAGAAAGUGGACAAAGGUGCUAACUUGGUGCUGCCCAAGCUGCAUCAUGAUCGACCUGUGAGAAAUGUUGCGUUGUGCAAAGUUGCACUUGGUGGUGGCAAUCUCCAUGUGUAUACCCUCUCUUACACUGUAUCACCCUAUGUGAUGACAUUUCAGUGCAGGAGAAAUGUGAUGAGCAAUUCAAUGUGGCAGCUUCUACUGGGACACAGCUUCAAUAUGUAGCUUUUUACUUGAAUUGUGGGUCCUGCGGGCAAAUUUUGCAUGGCAACUGAACACACUGUUCAUAGUAUGAAUAGAAUCACAAUUUAGUAGUUGUACAUAAAUAGAAUUUGCCAUAGGAAGAGUUUUGUUCCUGUACCCACGGUUUUGUAUAAUGUAGUAAUCCAUUCUUGCUGGCAGAAAUCACAUCUUUUGCAGGGUUAACAUGAGCAGCCAGAAAGAAUUCUAAUCUAGAUAACAUUUGCUGGUAGUAUGGCAUCUGGCAAAAAUUACAGAUAGCAA